AUGUGAAAAUAUUUAAUAAUAUAGAAAAAAAUAUCGAAAAAAAGGCGCGAAGUAGUUUGCCGCGCCGAUUUUUUUUUGGUGAAAUUUUCUUAUUAAACAAUAAAUAUUGUGUGUGUGUAUCUUUCGUCAAAACACCGUAUAUCAUAAAGACAGUGUAAUGCAUAAGUAUAAACAGUUACAUCACAUAAAUGCUUGGAGUAAAACUUAACUUUCUAAUUGUAUAGAGUUCAUGUUAAAUGCCCCACAGUCUUGCGAUGCGUUUAAGAAGUAGGAAAAGGGAGCGUCCGCUCUCAGCGAAGAAAACGAAAACAUUAAAAGCUAAACCACUCAAGAAGGCGUUGCUAAAAAACAAGGCAACUUGGAAAAAAAUUUUGAACGGAGAAAAUGGUCUAUCUUCCGGACCAUCACUGCAUUGUAUUACAAGGUCUCAGAAGAAUCUAGAAUUAAAAACAAGGCCGGUUAGAACAAAAAUAAUAAAAAAGAUGGAGAAACCAGUGGAAAUAAAGAAAUCUAAACCUAAAGAGGAUUCUUGCAACAAGAAACCGAUUUUUCAAACUGUUGUACGCAACAGUAUCAAAGACAUAGUAUCGUCAACUACAAAGCCCAAAAUGCAGAACGAUAAAGUAACCACUACAUCAAAGACUAAACUAAAUGAUGUACGAACAACAAAGAGUGUACAAUUACGUCAAAGUUCAUUAAACAGAGAACUAAGGAAGACAGAAUCUGUGUCAUCAGCGUUGAGCUCACCAAGAAAGACCAGACGAAUGGAUAAGCCUGACAAGUCUGCAUCGUUAAACAGUUCCCCAAUACGUAAAGUACGUCAAUUGGGUGUUCCAUCAAUUAAACUAAACAAAAUAGCUGUAAGCUCAACCAAUGAAAGUCCUAAGAAGAAAAUCAGGUCAAAAGCACCCGUUGUCCCAGAGCAAUCCAGUACAUUCCCUGACGACAAUGAUAUAACUAUGUAUGAACCUCAUACAACUACAUUUGUAGAUUUUGUGGUACCUAAAAAUGAUGAAUCCGAUUCAGAUGGACAAGUGGAGUCAUCUGAAUUAUGUCUUCCAAAUGACUGCCUUAACGAUCUUAUAGCGAUUGCAGAGUGUGCAAGAUUAAUAAAUAACCAAUUAUCAGCUGAUGAAGAUAUUAACUUGCUUGCCGAUAAAGCGGCAAAGGUAAUGACGACGGACAAAGACGAUAAAGGAAAGGAUGAUGAUAAGAUGAUGAAACGUAGGAAAUCUAGUAAUGAUCUGGAAAUGUAUCAGCCAACUUCAACGACUGAUGAUUUGGAUGCAUGCGGUGAUUUUCUCAAUGCUGGGGAGAAGUAUGUUCAGCCGGAUUUCGUGUCGCUGUUAGAGAAGGACGGCUACGUCAGGGAUCCAGAAUGUGAAAUAUCAUCAACUUGCGAUACUCAAGGAACUGCUAUAGAAAGCUUAGAAGCAUUGUCGGCUAGAAAUCCCAGUACUGGUUUCUUAGCUGAAAUAAGUCAGAGUUUAGCAGCUGAGGCAGCGGGAUGGAGCGCCACAGAUGUUGUAGUGGAUGAGAAUUCACUGAACUGUCACGAUGAACCGACUGCGGAUAUUGAGGAGGAAGCGGCGGCCGUGAUAUCGUCGUGCAGUGUCCGCGUCGAAUGCGAACAAAUAUCUUCUUGGGCGGACGCGUUCGACCCCUAUCUGUUUAUAAAACAGUUACCGCCUUUGGAGUCAGUGACAGCUGUUCGAGCGCGAUGCCCCGCGCUGCCAUUGAAGACACGCACCAGCCCAGAUUUUAGCCUGGUUCUGGAUCUCGACGAGACUCUAGUUCAUUGUUCGUUACAAGAGCUACCGGACGCCAGUUUCCAUUUUCCGGUUUUGUUUCAAGACUGCCGAUAUACGGUGUUCGUGCGUACUCGGCCGCACUUCGCGGAGUUCCUGUCGCGAGUGUCCCGGCUGUACGAAGUGAUCCUGUUCACGGCCAGCAAGAGGGUGUACGCGGACCGCCUGCUCAACCUGCUGGACCCGGCGCGCCGCUGGAUCAAGUACCGAUUGUUCCGCGAGCACUGCCUACUCGUGAACGGGAACUACGUAAAGGAUCUCUCAAUACUCGGCCGGGAUUUGCGUAAAACCGUCAUCGUAGACAACAGUCCACAGGCCUUUGGAUAUCAACUGGAAAACGGCAUCCCUAUCGACAGUUGGUUUGUGGAUCGCAGCGACAAUGAACUUCUCAAGCUGUUGCCUUUCCUUGAAAACCUGGCCACUAAGGACGAUGUACGGCCAUACAUCCGUGAUAAAUACAAACUCUUCAGCUAUCUGCCUCCCGACUAAGAAAGUACUUUUAAAACAUACAUACAUAAAUAAAAAAAUUAA